GAUAUUGGAUACUGAAUUGGUUUAUACUAGCUUGUGAAAAAGAUAUUGGAUAGUGGAUUGUGCGCGAGGAUAUAAUCUAUGCGUUGCUUUGGUCCUAAUUGCCGAAAUGCAUACGACAAAUGGACCUGAUAGGACUUAUUGUCAGGUGCUUAAGAAAACAUCAGUGCUUGCUGAAAAGCUUAUGGAAAGUAAGGGUAUUUUCUGAUUACUCAAGUUUGCUUAACGUCGACAAUAACCGCUGUUAAUGCAUUAUCGAUCCUAAAAUCGUUGCAUUGUCUGACUUCUGAACUUAUUUCCAUCCAGAGGGGUCAUAGUUAUGUGACCAAAUUGACGAAGUCCCGUGAGAGUAGGAAGAAAGACUUAGAGGAUAUUCUCUCCUCUAACUAUUUUACGGUUCAUUGGUUCGAGGAUUAUGGAUUUGGACUCAGGGCUUCCGUUUCUAUUAGGGUAAUACUUGAAAAUUCUUAUGCCUUUAGGAUGGUCAACCAUUAAUGAGAUUGCCUAGGCAAGCCAUGUUAUGUCUAGAAAAUUCAUCUACUUGUCUGAGAGACUUCGUACUACAGGAUGCUUUGGCGUCAGGUAUGGAGAACGUUGCUCUUUGUUUGCUUUUGUUGGGUGAACUGUACCAAGGAGAUGAAUCAGUGUGGCAAACUUAUAUAAAUACAUUACCUUCUGAUUACUGUACAUUUCUGUACAUGAACGAUACAGAUAUCCGUUUUUUGAAGGGCUCACCAAUUAUAGAGAAAAUUGCUUCCAACUACCUAUUCAUAUGUCGUCAAUACGCCUACUUUUGUCGCCGCUUCAAUGAAAGCCCAAAAGCACUAAACAUCUCAGGUUUCAUUUUUUGUUUUGAUGAUUAUAGGUGGGCUGUAUCAACAGUAAUGAGUAGAAGCAACUAUAUACCACAUUCUAAUGGAACAGAUAGAAUUAUGUGUCUCAUCCCAGCUUGGGACAUGUUAAAUCACAAAUCCGGUCAUGUUACAACACACUAUGAUGCUGAAGUAGAUGAAUUAGUAUUCUGUACAAUGGAGGCAUACAAACCUGGUGAUCAGAUAUUUAUAGAUUAUGGAAAUCGUUCAAAUGAUGAAUUUUUCAUGUUCUCAGGUUUUGUACCUCAAAUCAAUCCGAAUAACAAAUUGACAAUAUCACUAGGUAUCAGUUCCUCCGAUUCUUUGGCAUUAACACGUAAAGAUCUAUUACAAUCUUUUGGCUUAAAUGUCCCAUUGAAAUGUGAUCUACGUGGUGAUAUUGAAUCCAUGACAGAAUUCUUUAUAUUUUCACGCAUUUUUUCCAUGACCAAAGAUGAACUUGAUAAAUCUCUAAUAGAUUCCAAAUUGAAUUGUGCAUUAAUAAAAUCUAAGUUGGGUAAUUUAAAAUUUAAUAAAGAAAUCGCCUACGAAUACAAAGCAUUUGAUUUUAUGAUUAAUCGUCUAAAAUUAUUAAUUACUGCAUAUGGAACACUACUUACUGAGAAUUCUCCUGAAUGGAAUCAGUUAACGCCAAUUCGAAAAAAUUGUGAACGUCUCAAACAUCAUGAAAUUAAUAUUUUACGUUCUAGCAUUGAAAAUAUUCAAAACAUCAUGGACAAUAUUGGUGACAGUAUGACUGAUAACUUGUCAGUUGCUUCUAUUAAGCUUGAUGCUAACAAUUUAUGAUGUGCAAAGUUAUUAUUUCUAGAGCUAUUUGUGACUGCAAUUUUAUGUAUUUUGUUCAGCUUUUAAAAUCUCCAUAGUAGAUGAACCCCUUUCUUGAAAAUAGUAAAUUUUUAUGCUUACAUUUUAUUAAUGUUUAAGUAGGUCAUGACAAACUAAAUUAUGACAACUACUUAUUUUAUUUCAAACAUUCAUUGGUGAUACAAAGAAAGUAUUUAAAAAUCCUCUUGUGCUUCAGUUUUCCCUUCAUUUUACCUUUGUAUUUGAAUGUCAUUUUAUUGAAAAAAACUUUUACUUCUGUCGAUUCUAUAACCAUUGUAUUCUUUUAUUGUAUACCAGAUAACAAGAAAAUAAGAAUUGUAAUUUUAUUUAACUUCUUUGUCCAAUCCUCAUUUUAAGUACGUUCAACUAUGUUCACUCUUUAGUAAAAUAAAUCAUGUUAUUCACACAUUUAUACUUCUGUUGCGUUUUAGAUUUUUUGGUCCACAUUAAAAUGGUUUUUU